AUGCUGAUUUCGCUCAAUAGGAUCCUAAUGAUCUCAGAGAAUCCGAUUCGGCCAACUCAAUCCUCUUCAAGAGAGGAGGUCGCCGAUUCCGCGCCAUCCACCACCAACAACAACCACACCGAUUCCGAAGGUGAGGAGGAAGACACCGAGGAAGAGGAGGAGGAAGAGGAAGACGACGACGAAGUGGUGACCGACGACGAUAGUGUUGAAAUGCUGCCGACUGUGGCGACGACGUCGAGUAGCGGCGGCGGCGGCGGCGGCUCGACGAGCACCGACGCUAUUUAUCAGACCGCAAUGCAGGGAAUGAGCGCCCCGGAAUACGCGGCCGUUCUACCGGCCUACUCGAACUCUUCGCUGAACUACCAAACGUAUCAGUAUCCGUCGGCGAACGGCGGAUUGAACACGCUAACGUAUCCCGCUUAUAAUCAGUAUGGCACGAGCGCGCAAAUCAACUCGACGUACGGCGGCUUUAUGCCGGGCGGCAUUUCGCCGCUGAGCUCGGCGUUCUCGAGUGCCGCCGGCGCGGCGUCGGCUGGAUCGGCGGCAACAUCGACGGCGUCGCGAAUCGCCGCCGCCGCCGUCGCCGGCCGAUCGGCCAACUCAUCCGGCAGCUCGUCGGCAAUCGCGUCGGGCGCCGCCUCAUCAUCGCCAACGGCGAUCAGCUAUUCAACCGGCGGCACCGGAAGCGCCGGACAAGAAUUGACAGCAUCCGAAUAUGAGAACGUUCGCGAGAAAAUCCGCCGCAACGGAACGUACGGUCACGCGAAACCGCCCUACUCGUACAUCUCGCUGAUCACAAUGGCGAUUCAGAAGUCGGACGCGCGAAUGCUAACCUUGUCGGAAAUCUACAAUUGGAUAAUGGAAUUGUUCCCCUACUAUCGUCAGAAUCAACAACGCUGGCAGAAUUCCAUUCGGCACUCGCUCUCGUUCAAUGAUUGUUUUGUUAAGGUGCCAAGAACGCCGGACAAGCCGGGCAAGGGAUCGUUCUGGACGCUUCACGCGUUGUGCGGCAACAUGUUCGAGAACGGCUGCUAUUUGCGUCGGCAGAAGCGCUUCAAGGUCAAAGAGCGCGAGCCGAGCCGCAAGAAGCGCAACAAUCAGGCGCAGGCGCAAGCGCAAGCGCAAGCUCAAGCGAUGAAGGCCGAGAAGGAGGAGAGCGACGAGGCGAACUACGGCGACGACAAGAUGAAGGAGGUGAAGACGGAGUUGGCGGCGACGCCCGCCGACGCUCAACCGACGUCGGUGAUCUCGUCGGUCGGCUCGCUGAACACAAGCCAAUCAUCGUUGAGCAUGAACCAGUACCAGUACAACAGUCUGUACAACACCGCCGAUUUUUCGGCAACAUCCGCCCUCCCCGCACUCCAAUCGUUCACCAUCAAUCAGCUCAUGGAUCCGAAGAAUUUCGACUACAAUUUGUACAAUUCGGGCAUGUACCAGACGGCGACGCCCGCCAAUGAUUAUAGCGGCUAUCCGCAUACGCUGUAUAGCUCGAACAAUCCGAACUCGGCGGCGAACCUUUAA